UCAUCUGUGUAGGAGUUUAGGCUUCAAUUUUCUCCCCCAGCUAGGACGCAACUGGAGAAUGAUCUGACCUGACUGAGAGACCCUGGCUAAUACUUUCUAAUAAUUCAUUCAGGAAAGAUGGAGAGCUGUCACUGUUUCUUGCUGCUUUGCUCACUGGUCUUUGCGUUGUCUUUUGCAGAGGAGGCAAAGUUUGAGAAUGAGAUCGACCUUAAAGAGUUUAUUAGAAGGAUUUCUUCCUCUGGACUACUGGUCAGGGAUCAGCCUCUGGCUAUCAACAGAGACCUUCGCUUUGAAACAAACUCACUGGAGGAGCUUGGAGAUCCAGAGGAUUCCAUUCCCAUCUGGACUGAUGAGGAACCAGUCAUCCAGAAUACACUCAACACCGGGACUACCAUCCCUGAUAUUCCUGACUAUGGCCCCAUAGUGUUGACCAACAAUGGGGUGAUCAAGGGACUCACAGUGGAAAAGUCCCACAUAUUUUAUGGGAUCCCGUACGCGGACCCACCUGUGGCCACGUACCGCUGGAAGCCCCCCAGACCGGUGACCCCGUGGCCGGGGGUUCACGACGCCACGUACCCGAGGGACGCGUGUAUGCAAGGCUGCAGUGGCCCUAUAUCUGACGAGUGCCCUCAGAAGGUGAGUGAGAACUGCCUCUACCUCAACAUAUUUGUACCUCUGGAUGUGAACUUCAGUUCCCCUUUACUGACAACCCUGCCAGUGAUGGUGUGGAUCCACGGGGGGGAUUUCAUUGCUGGCUCAGCCUCCAAGCCCCUGUACGAUGGGAGGUUCAUCAGUAACUUCACUCACACUGUGGUGGUGAGCAUGGGGUAUCGGCUAGGGGCGUUUGGUUUCCUCGUCUCGGGAAAAGACCCCAAAACCUCAGCAACCGGGAAUUAUGGGAUCCUGGAUCAGCAGGUUGCUCUUCUCUGGGUUCAACAAAACAUUGCUCUGUUCGGAGGCGACCCCAGCAAGGUGACCAUAUUUGGGGAGAGUGCAGGAGCCCAGUCAGUGAGCCUCCAUCUGAUGGUCCAGAGCAGUAAGCCACUGUUCAAACAGGCUGUGUUCCAGAGCCUACCCUUCUCCAUCCCUCUCAAGACCAGACAUGAUGCCCUGAAGCUGGGGAGGGACUUUGCCAGACAGGCCAACUGCUCUGUGAGCGACAUCGUGUGCCUGCUGUCCCUCAGUCCUCAGGCUGUCCUCGCUGCCCAGAUGAAGUCAAGUUCCAAAGUGGUGAAUCCCUUCAGGUUCCUGGAGAUCUUUGAGACCUGGGGGCCCUACAUGGACGGAGAGCUGAUCAAGGAGCAGGCUGUGACUGCCUUCCAGAAGGGCCACUGGCAGAAGGAGAAACCAGUCCUCCUUGGGACCACUUCAGAGGAGGGGGUGAUCUUUGUGUACGGGGUCUUCACCAAGCCUGUGUCUGCGGUGGAGAGCACCGUCUACACCGCGGCCAUCUUCAAACAGCACGCCCUCAGGAUCCUACGCAAGUACCUGCCCCUGUACAAGGACAUUGACCGACGGGACAUGCUGGCUCAGAUUGUGACAGACUACGUCUUCCUUUGCCCCUCCCGCAAGGCAGCCCGGGCGGGCACCAAAGUGGGCAGCGCCGUGUGGAUGUACGUCUUCGACCAUGUGACGUCGGACCACAGUGUGUGGUCCGGUCUGUCGUUCUGCUACGAGCACGUGUGUCACGGCGCUGAGCUGCCCUUCCUCUUCGACACGGCCUCCGUGGCCAACUUCACGCUGGCCCCACCCGAGCGGCUGCUGUCCAAUCGGAUGCUGUGUUACUGGGGGACAUUCGCCCACACCGGAGACCCGGCCUCACGGAUGCAACAGAGCAGCUUCUGUAGACAGCAGCGCCUGCCGGCCUGGCCCCGCUACUCGGACACCAGCUCCUGGUUGGUCAUGAACUUCACUGUCCGCUCCCAUGCCCAGGUGGGCACCAGGGACCAUAUCUGUGACUUCUGGGACAAGCUGGGCAUCUAUUAGAGCAUAUGGGUGGGCAUGGGGCGGGCAAAGGUGUUGGUAUUGGUUAUGUAUGCAUACAUAGUGUGUUAUGUCACAUUUGACAAUUCACCCUACAGUGGGAAUGGUUGUCACCCUGUACACAUCAUUAAUAGUGUAUGACUUCCACUUAGAGAUGAUUUGUGAAGGACUUAUGUAGUCCUUAUGAAGCCUUUAUGUAUGCUAUAUAAAGCCUUUAUAAGGUGUACUUGUUUAAAGUGGCCCAAAGCUGAUUGUGUUUGUUAUAACUGUGUGAAGUCAGUUGACAUUCAGUGACUUGACCUCCUUAUAGAAGAUGACUCCAUUUAGUUCAUAAACAAUGGAAGUUUGUCUUUUACAUAUCCCAUUCUCCCUGGGGGACAUGCUCUCUCUUUCCAUCCCCUCUCUUCUCUCUAGCUCUCUUUCCACAUAGAGGGAUUGGGGCUAGAGCCAGGGUCAGACACAGUUAUUUCAUGUUUAUGACUAUAUUAUGAUGGUGUUAUAACAUAGUUUAACUAUGACAGUGUUAACAGUGACUUGUGACAGUUAUAACAGUUUGACUAUAUUGUGACUGUUAUAAUAUAUAAUAUACAGUUUGACUGUAUUAUGACUUAUAAGAUACAAUUUGACUGUAUUAUGACUGUUAUAACAUACAGUUUGACUGUAUUAUGACUGUUAUAACAUAUAGUUUGACUGUAUUAUGACUGUUAUAACAUACAGUUUGACUGUAUUAUGACUUAUGACAUAGUUUUUGACUAUUAUGAUUGUUAUUUUUUUUUAAUGUAACCUUUAUUUAACUAGGAAAGUCAGAUAAGAACAACUUCUUAUUUAUAAUGACAGCCUACCCCAGCCUACCCCCUCUGCCCCUUGUUCAGGGGCAGAAGGACAGAUUUGUACCUUGUCAGCUCGGGGAUUCGAUCCAGCAACCUUUCGGUUACUGGCCCAACGCUCUAACCACUAGGCUACCUGCCGCUCCAAUCAUAAACAUAGUUUAUGACUGUUAUAACAUACAGUUUGUGAAGAGAAGACGAUGCGGGGAAGAGAAGAAGAUGAGGGGAAGGAGGGGAAGAGAAGAAGACAAGGGGAAGGAGGGGAAGAGAAGA